GUAACAGGUUACUGUCAUUUAUUAUACAUUUGUGAUACACUUACAAUGUAUAAUAAAGACUCUUAUAAAAAUAAUGUACAAAUAAAAAUUAUUCAAGCUUUCAUAAAUAUUUUACAAACAAAUAAUUAAAAGAUAAUGUAUACAACUAUUUAAAAACCUAUACAGCCGAUCAAUCAAAGAGAGUCAAUAUUAAUUUGAUAUAAGUUUUAAGAAGAGUAGUGAUAAUGGAAAGCUCGAGCGAGGUUCAAGAAACCGAAAAUGACAAAGUGGAACCAAACGUGGUAUUGGAAACUGAGCAAGUUGGGGAAAGUGAAAUUGAAAAAUUAAAAGGGGAUUCUGUAGGAGAUACUCUUUACAGUGGCAAAUGGAUAAUCAAUAUUUUGUUAGCAAUAUCAAAGGUUCACGAAGACAGCUGGAAUACAAAAUUGGAAAAUGACUUGUGCACUUUAUGGGAUAUGAGCACAGAGAGGGACAUUGUUCAGUUUCUUGUGGAUAAUGACUUUUUCAAAGUAGCUGAGUUUACUUUAAAUUCUUCAGAAGAGCCAAGGCUAACAGAAAUAAUUUUGGGAAUACUUGGGAAUAUGGCAUGUGAACCAAUAAUCCUUGAAUUAUUAGGAGCACACGAAGAGCUUCUUGAAACAAUUCUUCGUCAUCUUUCCUCUGAAGACAGUGCCACAUUAGUACAAAUCCUUCGAUUGUUGCGUUCUGCACUUUGGAACAUUCAAAAUAAUCCUGAAUCAAAGUGGAGAGUUAAUUUAAAAAAUUCAACUUAUUUAAGAGAAGUAGUUCCUUUCAUUUUGAAAAGUUCCACAAAUGAGGAACUUUUAAUUGCAACAACUAGCUUUCUGCGUUCCUCGGCGGAAAUUGAUCUUCCAUCCGGAAAAACAUUAUUAGAUGAAUUGUUUGACUCAUCUAGCUUUUUGCCAGGAAUGUUAGAAUCUUUUGAAGAAGUUCUUCCUCAAGAUGAAGGCCACUAUUCAGCUUCAACUUUAAAAUACCUUGAAGACUGGUUAGAAUUGUUCUUCAAUCUCAGGAGAGGGUAUCAAAUUCAUCAAGUAAUUUUACAAGAAGACAAUCUCGCGAGGAUAGUAGAGAUUCUGCGAGGGAUUUUAACAAAUUUCAUUGAUCCAUGGAAUCUUUUUCCUUUGGACGAAACUAAAGCUUCUUGUGUUCAUAGAUGUGCAGAAAUGAUCCUUGAUUUUCGAUGGAAAGGAUUUUUAAAGGCAGAUUCUACGAUUGACAUAGAUAAUAUGGUCUUAAAAAUUAUAUUCAGUAUCAAUACAGCAAUAAAAGAAGAAGAGGACUCGGAAGAAAUAAUGGAAGAAUUAUUAAAAUAUCUUGAAGGAUAUUGGAUAGAAAUAUCAAAGAUUUCCACAACCGAUGAAAUUAUAAAAAUCUUGAAAACAAAUGAGAAAGCUGUUAUUGAUCAUGUAACAAAUUUAUUAAAAUCAAAAAUUCCCACGGAAAAAAUGAAUGGCGUAUUAGCUGGUUUAUCAGAUGAAUAGAAAAUAAAAGGAGAGUUGUAAAAUCAAUCAAAGAAAUAAAUUUUUCGCAUGGCCUGUGAUUAAAAAAAA